GUUCAUCAUCAUCGAACUCUUUGACCAUUCUUUAUUCAAAUUACCUCCUUAACUUUUUGACGUCAACAAUUUUUUUCAACAAUAACAGCACAUAAUGGCGAAAGAUAAAGAAGAACAAAACGAAAAAAAAUCUUCACCGUUAUCAUGUUUCAAGAACAUCUCAUUUCCAUUCAACACAAUUUUCUUGAUCGCAAACUCGAUUUUCCUAGCCACAUCAGCUUUCUGGUUUGUGACCAUCUCAAUGUUACAUUACAAGACGGAUGAAUGUAACCGGUUCGUGACAACUCCCGGAAUCUUCGUGAGCUUCUCAUUGCUAUUCAUGACUCUCGCAGGCUUCUACGCCGCUUACUACAAAUCCGAUUGUCUCUUCCGAAUCCACUUCUUCAUCUUCUUCUUGUGGAUGUUCGUGGUCGUGGCUAAAGCAGUUUUCGUUUACCGUCUCAAUAACGAGACCAAUCCUAGGUUGUACCCUGGGACGAAGAUACAUGAGUUUAGGUUGGAGGAUUACUCGGGAUGGGUACGUAGAUUGGUCAUCAAAGACGAUGAAUGGUAUCGUACUAGGAGAUGUCUUGUUAAGGACAAUGUUUGUAACAAACUAUUCUCUAACCAAAACAUGUCGGCUUCUGAGUUUCGUCAGAUGAAUCUAACUCCUAUACAGUCGGGUUGCUGCAAACCACCGCUUUCAUGUGGAUUAACUUACGUGAAACCAAACAUUUGGACAAUGUCAAGAUAUUAUAACAACGUUGAAGAUGAUUGCAAGACAUGGAACAACACGGCAAACACAUUAUGCUUCGAUUGCGAUUCAUGUAAAGCCGUGACUAUUGCAAAUUUACAAAAUACUUCAUUUUCCUUAACAUUUAAUAUCCUCCAUAUCGUAUUUAGUCUUUCCAUUGGCAUUGUUGGUUGGUUUGCUUGGUUAAGGAUUCUUCGAGAAACUGAGAACUAGCUAGGCUUUAAUUGUAACAUAUGUAUAAAUAAAUAUCCCAGUUCAUAAAAAACACAUGCGUAUAAAUAUAUCUUUCUCUUGUGUUUAUCUUUCUUGUACAGUCUCGAUUCUUUACCGAUAUGCAUGUGAAGUUAAUAGACUAGUAGUUUUCAUAUUCAAAUUGGUAUAACUAAACCGAACCAAAUUAAAAUGAUAUAAACUGAUGAAAUUUUAUUUUUUUUUGUAAAAAACAUAAAAUAUUUUAAAAUUCCUUUAUUUUGCUAAGAAAUCGAAUAUAUAUUUUUAAAACUGGAUCGUGAAAUCAUUUUUUUUCUGAUAAUUAAUAAUAGAGAUACCCAACCCGGUUAAGCCAACGCCAUACAUUUGAAACCGAAAUUGAAACUGAAAUUGAGGAACCAAUAAUGAAACCAUGGUUAGGGAUAUAAACCGGAGUUCUCAACUCGUUCGGAGAUAAAGAUUCUCCGAUCUUCUGUGACAAAACAAAAUCGUCUCUUCGCCAAAGUUUUCUGGGUCUUCGAUCUUGAGAGAUCUUUGUCUCCCCGGUCAUCAAGCUCACGGGUGACUCUGUUCUGAUACAAAUUGAUAUUCCAGAUUUUUAGGGAAUCUCUUUCAGGGCUUUGCUCUAACAUGUCAGGAAGAAAGGAAACGGUGUUGGAUUUGGCUAAGUUUGUGGAUAAGGGCGUGCAAGUUAAGCUUACUGGUGGUCGACAAGGUAAAGAACAAGUUAAGCUUCUUUUAUAUGAUUCUUGCUUUUGAGUUUUUGAUGCUUGUUUAUUUAUUGUUGGCAGUCACUGGAACUCUUAAAGGCUACGAUCAGUUGCUGAACCUUGUUCUAGAUGCGGCGGUGGAGUCUGUUCGAGAUCAUGAUGAUCCAUUGAAGACUACUGACCAGACCAGACGCCUUGGUUUAAUUGUUUGUCGCGGAACUGCGGUGAUGCUCGUCUCACCAACUGAUGGAACUGAAGAAAUUGCUAACCCGUUCGUUCAACCUGAAGCUGUCUAAUGAGAUUCUUCCAAGAUUAUGUCUCUCUCUCUUUCUUAGUUCAACUUUGGGGUUUAGUGAGCAUUGUGGAUCUGAAUAUCUGCUAUUAUCUUGAAAAAUUUUGUUUUAAUAUACCUAUUUUGGAACAUCAUAGGCUCUUCUUGUGAAACUUGAAAAGCACUCGCUACUAAGCAAUGAAUUAUAGUGUGCUUUUAGUGUUUUAA